AUGUCCCAAGGUAGAAAAGCUGCAGAAAGAUUGGCUAAGAAGACUGUCCUCAUUACAGGUGCAUCUGCUGGUAUUGGUAAGGCGACCGCAUUAGAGUACUUGGAGGCAUCCAAUGGUGAUAUGAAACUGAUCUUGGCUGCUAGAAGAUUAGAAAAGCUCGAGGAAUUGAAGAAGACCAUUGAUCAAGAGUUUCCAAACGCAAAAGUUCAUGUGGCCCAGCUGGAUAUCACUCAAGCAGAAAAAAUCAAGCCCUUCAUUGAAAACUUGCCACAAGAGUUCAAGGAUAUUGACAUUCUGGUGAACAAUGCCGGAAAGGCUCUUGGCAGUGACCGUGUGGGCCAGAUCGCAACGGAGGAUAUCCAGGACGUGUUUGACACCAACGUCACGGCUUUAAUCAAUAUCACACAAGCUGUACUGCCCAUAUUCCAAGCCAAGAAUUCAGGAGAUAUUGUAAAUUUGGGUUCAAUCGCUGGCAGAGACGCAUACCCAACAGGUUCUAUCUAUUGUGCCUCUAAGUUUGCCGUGGGGGCGUUCACUGAUAGUUUGAGAAAGGAGCUCAUCAACACUAAAAUUAGAGUCAUUCUAAUUGCACCAGGGCUAGUCGAGACUGAAUUUUCACUAGUUAGAUACAGAGGUAACGAGGAACAAGCCAAGAAUGUUUACAAGGAUACUACCCCAUUGAUGGCUGAUGACGUGGCUGAUCUGAUCGUCUAUGCAACUUCCAGAAAACAAAAUACUGUAAUUGCAGACACUUUAAUCUUUCCAACAAACCAAGCGUCACCUCAUCAUAUCUUCCGUGGAUAA